AUGCUGCCAGAAGGAAAAUUGAAGUCACUCCGCGAACAGAUGUCGCUUGCCAUUGUUGCUGCGCAGGCUCCAAUCAAGCGGCUGACCGACACGUGCUGCAGCAGCAUCGACGGAGCGUUGAAUCCCCAGGUGCUGCAAGCAUUGCAAGCCGAGCUGGCAAGCACUCGGCUAACAACGUCCAACAUAUGGUUGCAGGCAGGGCUGGAGUUGAAGCUCGCCUUGGAGGCCCUGCAGCAGCUGCAAAUUCACACGAACGAGUUUCUCAGUGGGCACGGCUCCACAGCGUCUAUGCCCAGUCAGAUGCCUGGCGAAGGCACUGGCCGAAGCUCCAGAGCGGUCGCCACGCUCGCAAAGGACGUUGCCGAAGCGAAGGGGUGCUUGGAUCGCUUUGAGCGACGCCUGAGUGCCACGGGCAGAGAAGUUUCACCUGAUGGCAUCCAGCCUUUGAGGCGGUUUGUGUCCGAGUGCGAUGCCAGACUCGUCGACGCGAGACAUGACGACGAACUGUUCCAGAUUCUUCGAGCACCGCCGUGGGGCCGCAAGAAGCGGCUCUUCGCCGGUAUCACAGAAGCAGCGUGGCAAAAGCUCCAGGCUGCGGCAGAUCAGGCCACCGACAGCGCGCGGCAAAGGCUACAAGAGCAGCUGCAAGAGGCGCACUCUUUGAUGCAGCUGGCCGAUCAACUGCGCGAGGCCAUCAAAGGCGACAGCGAAACCGUGCUCGAGACUCUACUCCGAGCAGCUGAGAAACUCGACAUCUCUGGCUUGGACACCGCAAAAAGCCGCUGCGAGCAGCUGAGAAGCAUGAGGUCUGACCUCCAGAGAAGCUUUACAGCUGCAGUAGCAGAACUGGAUGUCGCCGCAUUCGAGACAUUGGAAGCUCGUUGUGGGCAACUGCCCGCGGAAGAGGUCCAGAAGUUCAGGCAAGAUCUCUACUUGUCGCUCGCAGAG